CGCAUUUACUGGAAACUAUUUAUGAAUAUACGUUCCAGGCCAGGGAUCCGCAAGAUGCCUCCCGUAUGAGAGGCAACGAUAAUGGGGAACCGGGACCCCAGCGCAUCGGGGAGGAGAGACCGAUCGCUGGAGAAAGUCCUUCAGUGCGGUUAAUGUGAGGACACAGCGCUACCUGGUGUUAUUUCGCAGAGGUUUAAAUAACAUAAACCUGGAAGAUAGGCGACUGCCUUCGGACUGGUGUUAUUUUGCACAGGAUUAAGGAGGUUGGUGUGAGUUUGGGGGGAGGGGGGCUUGGGAGGGUGAAUUUUGGGGUAGAACAGGUUGCUACAAGUCGUGGGCCAUGAAAUGAAAGAUUGUGCGGCUAUUAUGGAAACAUCUGAAUGGGAAUAUCAUCGGCGCAGAGAGGAUUGGGUCGGAAGAAAUCUGUGACAGAGCGAGCACCGUUGGCGUAAAUCAGAUUCUCUCCUGCCUUUUGUCCGCCGGGCGGCGAUGUCAGCUUUCUGCCUGAAUUUACACUCACCCACAGCCGCGAUUUCAGCACCACAAGAGCUGGACAGCGACUGCAUGGAGCACUCGCUGGAUCACGGCAUCAAACCCCCUCAAGACUCGGGAGGGUUUCAGAACCAUUCGCUGCUGUACGCUGGCCCCGGAGGCCUCGGGAUGGCACUCGAGGAAGAACUCGCCAUGCUAACAGGCGACCGGGAUGAAAGCACCGACUUACCCGUCUUGGAAAUGCCUGUUAAUGGGCAGGAUCCUGACUUACUGUCGCUCUUCCGACAAAAAGAAAAGGACUUGGUUUUGGCUGCUAAGCUCGGCAAAGCACUGCUCGAGCGAAACCAAGACUUGACUAAGCAAUAUGAGAAAAUGAAUAAAGACCUCAACGAAAAACUGGAGCACCUGGAGCAGGAGAAGCACGAGCUGCGGCGGCGGCUGGAGAGCCGGGAGGGCGAGUGGGAGGGGCGCGUGGCCGAGCUGGAGUCCGACGUGCGGCAGCUGCAGGGCGAGCUGGACCGCCACCAGGCCCAGCUGCGGGAGGCCGACCGGGACAAGACCCGCGCCGUCUCCGAGCUGUCGGAGCAGAACCACAGGCUGCUGGAGCAGCUCAGCCGGGCUGCGGAGGUGGAGAGGCAGCUGUCCACUCAGGUCCACUCGCUCCGGGACGACUUCCGGGAGAAGAGCAUCUCCACCAGCCAGCACAUGUCACGCCUGGAGAGCCUGCAGGCGGAGAUAAAACUGCUAUCCGAUCGCAAGAGGGAGCUGGAGAGACGCGUGAACGCGGUGCUGGAGGAGAACGAGCUGUUGCAGACCACGGCUGACCAGCUGCAGGAGCGGACGCUCGUGCUGGAGCGGCAGUGUCACGAGAAGGACUUGCAGCUGCGGCAGAGCCAGCUGGAGCUGCAGGAGGUGCGCGUCUCCCACCGACAGCUCAGCGCGCGGCUGGAGGAGCUGAGCGAGGAGAGGGACCUGCAGGGCCUGGGCCCUCAGUCUGCCAGCCUGCUGUGUGAGAUCGAGCAAAGCAUGGAACAGGAGGAGCUGGAGCAGGAGAGGGAGCAGCUGCGACUCCAGAUGUGGGAGGCGUACUGCCAGGUGCGCUCGCUCUGCUCUCACCUGCGCGGCAAUGACAUCACAGACUCGGCGCUGUCCACGGAUUCCUCCAUGGACGAGUCAUCGGAGACGUCCUCCGCCAAGGACGUCCCCACUGGCAGCCUUCACGCCAGCCUCCUGGAGCUGCGCAGGCUAACGCAAAACCUCAUGGACGGCAACGAGUCCACGGGCUCGCGGCGCAGUGACGAGGAGGCCCUGGAGGACCAGGUGCGCAAGCUCGGGGAGGAGCUCCGGGCCCUCAGGGAGCAGUACGAUAGUGAGCAGGACAGAACGCGGAGCAGCCAGGAGGAGGCGCUGCAGCUCCACAACCAGGUGGCGCUGCUCUCGGUAGAGCUGUGCUCCCUGCGCGAGGAGAGCGAACAGCUCCGGGCAAUGGUGGAAGUGCGGGAACCUAGCGAGCAGCUUCAGAGCGCCAUCCGAGACAGAGACGAGGCCAUCGCUAAGAAGAAAGCAGUGGAGAUGGAGUUGGCCAAGUGUAAGAUUGACAUCAUGUCUCUGAACAGCCAGCUGCUGGACGCCAUCCAGCAGAAGCUCAACUUGUCACAGCAGCUGGAGGCCUGGCAGGAUGACAUGCACAGAGUGAUUGACCAGCAGCUCAUGGACAAGCACCAGGAGGAAUGGAGGGCUUCCCCAUACUCCUUCUCAGGCGGGUCAGGGGGUCGAGGAGGCCCCUCAGCCCCGCCCUCCAGAAGGCCCCAACGUCAAGCCGACGGGGACAAGAAGCUCUUCUCCUUCUUCAAAAAGAACUGAGCCUUUGAGGAGGAGAGAAGGAGAAAGGGAGGGGGGGAGAGAGAUAGAGAGAGAGGGAGAGAGCUUAAAGCAGCUGCUGACCAGGACACAGGCAACGCAGUUACCCAAAGAGUCAAACUGAGGCCCGGCAGGCAGAGAGAGGGCAACGCUACACACACACAGGAGCUGAUCCCAGGUCAGCUCAUGACAUUCUUUUGCACUUUAUCAGCUCUGUCAUUCUGCCAUCCGAUGAUUCUAAAGAUGAAGGGGUGUGGCGAGAGAAGGAUAUGUGAACUAUGUCACAAAAACCCUCCCAAGAUGCCUGGGCUACCUUAAUGCAAGUGAGUAAAAACUAUUCUCUCAAGGCAAAUUCAAUGUUUGGUCAUAGAUUUUGCUCUGGGAGAGGUAGUACAUUUCUCCAGUAGCGCCUCCCCAAGGGUUGCGACCUCCUCCGUCCAAAAAAAGGCACAAGCCAACUGAGCCAUCCCCCUUACCCCAGUGACACGCGUGGGGCAGUGAUUCUGUUGCAGAAAACCCAGCCGUCUCCUCAGGUUUAUUUAGAUGUUCAGUGGCGUACACUGAGGCCUUAAUGUUGGUGGUUCAGAGUAACAGUCAUUAACCUGCUUGCUCCACCGAUGUACUGACUAACCUAUUGAGCAGUUUGUGCCAGUUGAGGUAAUUUAGCAGAAAUGGAUAGCAUUAAUCCUCAUUCUUUUUCCUGGUUCUUAAAUUGAUUUCAUCCUAAAUCUGAACUCAGGAGACUUUCUUUCAGUUUGUGGGUCAGUUAGUUUUAAUUUUGGUGGAGCCUAUGGCCCAGAGAUAGCAGGGUCUCCUUUUGGCUGCCGUUGUAUCUGAUGUUUUGACUGCUUUAGACAGCAAUACCCAUUGUGUGCAAUGAUUGUGUAACAAGGACACACAGUGUCAUUGAUGCGAAGCACCACUCUUAAGUAGCCCCCCGAAUUUCAGCUGGAGCUGGAGAAUCUUCUGCCUGCUAAAUGUGAGUGGGCGAGUGAGUGUGUGAGUGAGUGACGUGAGUGGGCGAAUGUGUGUGUGAGUGACGUGAGUGGGCGAAUGUGUGUGUGAGUGACUGAGUGGGCGAGUGUGUGUGUGAGUGACGUGAGUGGGCGAGUGAGUGUGUGAGUGACAUGAGUGGGCGAGUGUGUGUGUGUGAGUGACGUGAGUGGGCGAGUGAGUGUGUGAGUGAGACUGAGUUACAAGCCCGGGCCAUGAGGUGCUCCGUGUCCAAUAAUGUGAAAAACAGCAGCCAUCACGACAGACACAGUGCUGCCAGCAGCGGCCGAACAAACGUGUGCUGUCGUGACACAGCUCGGGGGUGAAGCACCCGAACAAAAUUGUGUUUCGUUUUUCAGGUCACCAAGAUUGUGCGUCUCUGUAACUCAGUAAAAAAAGAAACGCACAGCCUAUUGGCAGAGCAGUGCUAGAAGUGGACGUGCUUCUCACUCCCACAGUAGAGCAAGCAGCUCCCCCUACAGGAGACAGAAGCAAAGGCAGAAAGGCUCGUGGUGAAGUCACAACCGUGCCUAUUUCACUCUCGUUUACAUUGGGUCAUAUUCUCUCCUUGUAUCUUGGAGCAGAACAAAAAGAAACAAAGUGCUGUAGACCGCGGUUACAGUCUGUGUUGUCAUUCAGCUGUAGGUCACAGGGUAGCUCUACGUGGCUACAGUUAAUGUUUGUGAAAUUAAGGGCUGGAGUGAAAGCCAAGUAAACCCCUGGAAUAUCCCUCAGGUACCUGCUCAGAAUAAGGUUUUGAUUGGCAUUAGUCCGGCCCAACUGGGCUCUGUACUGCCAGGCCCUGACAAAUGGCUGGAAUGUGGGCGGGCCUCAGGGAGAGGCCUGAGAGAUUUGAACACGCAGAGGGACGGCUGAGGUUGGCUGCAGCAGCAAAGCAGGCGGGAGCCGACCAAUGCUUUGUAUUGCAUUGAAUCGACAGAGUUGGGGAAGGAGACACUGGGACUGAAGGAGGGGGUCAAUGCCCAGUAGCAGGACCUUGUUUAAUGAGCAUACAUCUGAACUGACCAAAUCACCCCUAAAAUUGUUUACAAUGGAGAAGGAAAAGUACACCACUGUUACUAUAUCAGUGAUAGUUCUACCCUAUUGAGUGAGUGCUUCCUUAAAUGUUCUAUAGAUGUUUAUUAUUUUAAAUAAGGCCGUUUGUCCAUGCACAGAUAUUUAUGAUCAAGUGCUAUACGAUUGGUGGCACAUGUCUAUGUAAAAAUGAGUACAAUAUUAAGUCAGGUGUUUUCCAAUGAAUCCUGCUCACGUGCCACAGAGCAUCCAUGUUUUUUGGGAGGAUUUGACAGAAUGUACGUUUGCCCACUGUAUGACACAUAAAAAAAUUACUGCCAUCCCCCCUUGCUUCCCCACUCCAGUCCAGGAGAGGGCGCACUAGAUAAAUGUCUUGGUUGUGAGCUUCCAUUGAGUGUUGAUGUUUCUGCCAAAUGGCACCCCAGGCUCUGCUUUUCUGGGUGGAUUUAGGGCCGGGGUGACUCAGAAACUUCAGUCUGUGGACCCAGUGUGUGUUGUGUGGGGACCAUGCAACGCAGCAGCUGGGUGCGCCUGAACAAAGCUAUGCAGGUGUCCUCUCCCUAUCUCAAUGGAGGCAGUUGUUGGCAAGGAUGAACCCAAAGAAUGAUUUUGUUUUUGGAGAAAAAAAAAAUCGAUAUAUUUAUACAGAUAUAACUUUUGAAUGAAAAAAAAAAAAGUUAAUUUCCUAAACUGAUGUACAUGUGUCUUGUUACUGUUCUUUUGUUUAUCCAAGUAUAAAUGUUUACAAGGAGUAGAAUCUCUGUGUACAGGUGUCUGGUGGAGAAAGGAGAUUCCAAAUUUCCAAUCCAGGUGUCCAUGGAGGUUUAAUUCAGGAUCAGCCCCUGGGGGUUGAAUUUGGUUCAAGCGUGUGACGGCAAACUUGCUACGGUGAAAUCACCAUAGUAAAAAAAUGGCUUGAGAACAACCCAUCUGAAACAGGGUUUUAAAAAAUACAUCAUGCAUCCACAGCUAGGGGUAAUUCAGAUAAUGUAGUGCUGAAAUGCAUUACAGUGCAUAUUGAUUACAGUGAAAUCACGCGGUCAGAUUUUUCUUUAUCUACCCUAGAAGUUGGUUGGACUUGAGUCAGACAUGGUGCUUCUGACCUCAUCUAGUAACUCUUUUUGGCUUUUGCAAUAGCCAUUCUAUGAAGAGUACAGCACUGUUUCCACAACACAGAUCCCAGUGCUGCACACCAGUGGUACAUUCAACUGGUUCCAGGCCACAAGCGUUGGUCUGAGGUGAUGCAGUCAAGCACUGCAGCUUUCACAGGUAACUUCACUCCAGAGUGAUUCAAGUGUGGCACAAGCUUCAAGGUGCUUUCCCACAUGAUGUCAGUGACUUCCUGUAAAAGUAGACUAACGCAUCUGAACUGGAUAGUACAGGUUACCUGUGAGAGGAGGGUGCUGCGCACACUUUUCUUUCACGUCUGCGUGAUCCGCGCUGCCAACCAAUCCCACGGGACUGGACAGGGAUCAAACCACUGUUCCCAUGGCAACAUUACCCACCUCAGCGUCACAGUCUUUCACAGUGUGUCUGAGUAGCUACUACAAAAAUGUCCAUUUUUAUUUCUAUACAUGUAGCCGUCUUUCAUGUACGUCGAUGACUUUGUACCGUUUUUUUGUCUUAAUUUAAAAGCUAUUUUGAAACUUUCUUCUCUCAAGUUUGUUGUUAUCUUACAUACUUACCUAUCUUUAGUGUGUUGCUAUUUAUUCCCGCACUGUCGUUUGUCUCCAGAAAUGCAUUUCCUUUGGCGCCACAGUUCAGUUUAAACUUUUUUUCCGUUAAACUCGUAACGUGUCUGCAUGUGCAGGUGUCCAUGUGUGUGUUUUUUGUGUUCAUUAUUUGUGCUGUGCCGGCACAUUUUUUGUAACAAAAUUGAAAUGGAUUGGAACAGAGAUAUUAAGGUUGCGUUCACUGCGUGACUGACAGCCGUGGGAGCCUAUGGUGUGGCUGUGACGUGCUUCCAGCAAACCCCCGGCCACUGCUACCGUGUCCCCUUUUCCCCAAACGACACAAGGCGACAGGAAGCUUCCAUACAUCAAUGGGAAUAGCUACACUGUACGGUUUUGCUGGAUUCUAUGAUGUUAAAUCGUAAUUGUUUGCUGGCCCGUUCAAUGUAAGAAUGGAGUCUGAAACCACAGUAAUGUUUAAAAAAGAAAAUUCCAUUUGGGCUUAUUCGAGUUCAGCAAACAGUAAAAAUUUGAAAACUAAAAUAAUGAACGCAAAACAAAUUUUCUAAAUGAAACGUUGCUAGCAGAUCACUGGAUGAGAGAAAUAUAAAUUAUGAUUUCAGUAUACGUGUAUGUUUGAGUGUAUGUAUUAAGCACAUACACAUAUUAUAAAUAUGCAUACACCACUUACGAGUCAUUGUAUAAAUAAAUAUGUAAUUUCAGGCUAGUUUUCUAUGAUGAAGAGAUACUUUGAUAAACAAGUACAUACUAUUUGUAUAUUAAAAAGGAAAUGAGGUUAAAAAUAUAUAUAUAUAAGUGUAAUGUACGGUUUAUAUGGAUAAUUACUAUUUUUCAGUAAUGGAAAGAUGAUCAAAGCAUUGUAAAUAUAACAGAUUUUUUAUAUAGAGAAAUUUUCAAGCGAAGAAAAACGUCCAAUGAAUGUUUCUGUGGAGGCCACUGUGACAAAAUAAAAAUUGGAGAUAAAAAAUGAAAAGGUUAAGUUCAGUGUUGUUUUGAUUCCUCUGUAUGCAGUGAAUAAGCCCUAUGGGAAAAUUACAUUUAAAAAAUACAUCAGAGAAAAUGAACCAAGGCCUCAUAGCUGUAUUCAAGGAUAACCAGCCAAUCAAUCAUAUCACUGGCAGGCAAUUCAGGACAGAACAGCAACUAUUUUAACUGCAGUUUUACAAUUUCAUUAGUGAGUUCACGGGCUGAGAGUCAAAAAAAUUAUAAUGAAAUACCAUGCUUUUUCCUAAGAUAUAAAAUACACAUUUACCUUGAAUGCUUCAGUGCCUUUUCUUAAUACAGAACUUCAAGCCUGUGCAGUACUGUCCCCUCCCAUUCAGUCAUACACAAAUGCAAGCUAUAAAAAAUCUGAACGAUUAUAUCAUAAGAUUUCUUGAUAAAGUUUUUUAUAUUAUAUUUUAUAUGUAUCCGACUUGGCUGUGGGUCUGAUAAUGCAACAUAAAAAAAAUGUAAACAUAAAUAUUCAAGAAAUCCUAUGGAAUCAACAAUGCUAGCAAUACCCUGCUCUGGUUGCCAUUUUCUUGGGUUUAGGAAUCAUUUGUUUUCAGGUUUCACUGCUGCUGAGCUGAUCAACUCAAAUGAGUCUGUUAUGACAAUGUUGCGAUAACCCACCAGCAGAGAAACAGGAACAUAACGUUAAGUACGCAGAUCGAGCCAGGAUCCUCCCCAACCAGCAACCAACAAACAACCUGAGAAAAGACACUGAAUACAGCAGGUCUGUGUCAAACGUUAAUUCUUUUAAAAUGUUUAUUAUCGAUUUAAUUCAUAAAGGGAAAUAAAGAAUAAUACAUCUUAGUUCUCCAGUGUACAGCAAACCACAGCUGAAAAAGAACGGUUCAACCAAUACACACACAAACACACAAGCAUGUACAUAACAGCUGCCUACGUAUGUACAUGCAUGUUUAUAUAUGUGUGCGUCAAAUAUGUAUGUAUAUACCUAUAUAUUAAAUAUACACACAUACACAAAUAUAUUUAUAUAUACAUACACAUAUUAAUAGAAAUUUGAACGAGCGUUUCAGCUCCUGAUGUGAGCCAGGUUGGUGCGAGACGCUGCAGUAUGUCAUGCACACGGUGCUCCGAGCCAGCUGGCGUUUGCUCCGCCCCCAGUCCUGCCCUAACCCCGCCCAGUCUCCCUGUCUUCGCAGUGACUGACAGGCACGGUGCAUCGGCAGCAACGAUUCCCGGUGAGGGUGGCAGCAUCCCUCCCCCCAGCUCAGGUCUGUGGGAAACAGGCCUCUCCAACCAGAGGGCCAUGGACAUGACCUCGUGUGGAGAGCAGGCAAGCGAGGCGAGGGAGUGGUCUGAUACAAUGGGGGGUCUAAGGGAUCCUGGGAAAAAAAUGAAAAAAAAAAAAAAAGGGACCCCAGGAGCUUCGGGUCACCAUGGAAACCGUCCGCCGUCUCCGUUUCCGCUGUCAGUUGGGUUUGGCACGGCCUUCCUGGCGUUAGCACCGUCCGCGCCUCCAGCCAAUGAGCAUGCAAGCCUGGGUACCGAGCUCACGGCCCGACUCCGGCAGGGACUGAACGCCAGGAUGUACGCAGGGGAAGCAUGAGAGAGGGCCAGAGUACGUUAGCACGACCGCCCGGUCAGGCACCGUGUUACCGGGGGCCUGGGGGCCGGUCCCUGUUCCACAGAAUGACAGAACGGCGCGUGGAAGACACCCCGGGGGAGGCAGGAGCGCGUGUGGGGCGCAGCUAGUGGAACUGAAGCCAGGGGGCGCCACUUCCAGAAAACACUCCGUUGGCCAGAGGGCUUCCCGUCCAGACGACUUCACCAGAUUGGGUUCUCUUUCUCUCACGGUGGUAUUAUCAUUAGUAAAAAAUAAAACAUUAAAAAAAUCUGACGAAAAGGCUCAUAGUAAGACUGAAGAGAAUGGCAAAUGUACUGUCAGGUCCAAGUUAGCGGCUGGUUGCUCUUUGCCUUAAAAACACAGGCCGGGUGCUGAAAAACCUAAUAGUGCCGUGGUGUCUUUUUGCUGGAGGUAGAGGGGGAGUCGAAGAGGCUUGGCAAAAUAGAGAAGAGAAAUAAUAAAAUAAAAUAAAAAAACAAGAUGCAGGUCACAGGUUUUUUCUAACAGAUCAAAUGACAAAUUUUCAAAUUUAAAACAUUGCUCUGGUCAUUUUUCCCGAUAAA